AGGGUAGAAGUUUAUAUAAAGGUAGUAUGGUAAGAAAUAAGCCAGAAUCAAAACAGAUACUUCAUUGAGAGAAAGAGUACUAUGAAAGACAAUUGGCAACACUGAAAUCAUUUGAGGAAGUGGAUUCCAUGGAGGAAUCUGAAUUUGAUAACAGCAUUGUUGAGGAGGAGAGUGAUGAACAGGCUCAACAAGAAAGAGCAAUGAAGAUUUUCAAUUAUGCAAAUGUUGCUCUCUUGGCAUUAAAGAUUUGUGCCACAGUAAGGAGUGGUUCAAUGGCUAUUGGAGCAUCAACUUUGGAUUCUUUGCUUGAUCUCAUGGCUGGUGGCAUACUUUGGUUCACUCAUGUCUCAAUGAAGAACAUCAAUAUCUACAAGUACCCCAUUGGAAAGCUCAGGGUGCAGCCAGUGGGCAUAAUUAUCUUUGUUGCAAUCAUGGCAACACUUGGCUUUCAGGUGUUAAUCACAGCCUUACAACAACUAAUAGAGGACAAGCCUAGUGAAAAGAUGUCUGCAGAGGAACUAAUAUGGCUGUGCUCUAUCAUGAUAUUCGCGACGGCGGUGAAGCUUAUUCUCUGGCUUUACUGUAGAAGCUCAGAGAACAAGAUUGUUCGUGCCUAUGCAGAUGAUCACCACUUUGAUGUUAUAACAAAUGUGGUUGGAUUAGUCGCGGCUGUUCUUGGCGAUAAGUUUUUCUGGUGGGUUGACCCGGUAGGAGCUAUUCUGCUUGCGCUAUAUACGAUUUCAAAUUGGUCUCGCACUGUAAUGGAAAAUGCAGUUUCACUGGUAGGACAAUCUGCAUCUCCUGAAGUUUUGCAGAAGUUGACAUAUCUCGCUGUAAGUCACCCUAAAAUUAAGCGUGUAGACACUGUCCGCGCAUACACAUUUGGGGUUCUAUACUUUGUGGAGGUUGACAUUGAACUGCCAGAAGAUUUACCCUUAAAAGAAGCGCAUACCAUUGGAGAGACCCGGCAGAUUAAGAUUGAAAAGCUUCCGGAGGUUGAGCGUGCAUUUGCUCAUCUAGACUUUGAGUGUGAUCACAAACCAGAGCACUCAGUUCUCAGCAAACUGCCUAACAAUCAGCCCUAAUUAAGCACAUUUUGCAAGUCCAUGCAAUAGUAGCUGAUGAGUCUUUAGUAAUAUCCAGCUUUUUGCUAAUUUGUUUGUAAAGUUCUAGUAACUUUGUCCUUGAAUGAUUGCUUAAGUGGUAAGAGCUGUGGACAUAUGGGUUGGGGAGGAGAAGGUACAUGGAUCAAACCCUGAAUAGUGUUAUUUAUCUUUCCGAUGUACCCAAAAAAAAGUUCUAAUAACUUGUAGUUGUAGACUCAUUUUCUUA